AUGGAGUCUGAGUGGAAUUACACAGAAUCAGACAUUGCUCAAAAGUUCCUUUUCUUCAACGUCCUCAAAGAUGGUCGUGUCCACAUAUUCACCUCAUUAUUCGAAAAAUCUCCUCCUUCCAACAAUCCCAUCUCCAUCCCCAACGUCGAAACCAAAGAUGUUCAAAUCUCCACCAAUGUCUCCGCAAGACUCUUCCGCGCAACCUCCACUGAUGACGACAUAUCCACAACCGAAAAACACAAACUUCCACUCCUUUUCUACGUCCAUGGCGGCGGCUUCUGCAUGCAGUCUGCCUUCUCUAUGGAGUAUACUCGUUUCGUCUCGCUCGUCGUAGCUGAAGCAAACAUCAUGGCUAUCUCCGUCGAGUAUAGUCUCUUCCCAAAACGACACAUCCCUGCAUGUUACGACGACUGCUGGGCUGCACUCCAGUGGGUUGCGUCGCACUGUAAGGACAUGGUAUCAGAGCAUCAGGUAGGGUACAUGGGACUUUCUGAGGGUGCAAAGAUAGAAGGGAUGAUUUUAAUUCAUCCGUUUUUUUGGGAAGGAGAGAAGAUGUGGAUGUACAUGUGUCCUACAAAUGAAGGACCUAGAGAUCGUAGGUUGAUACCUGAUGUAGAAGAUUUGGCUAGGAUUGGGUGUGGUAGAGUGUUGGUUUUUGUUGCUGAGAAGGAUGUUUUGUACGAUGCGGGGAACAAUUACGUUGAUGAGUUGAUUAAGAGUGGGUGGAAAGGGAAGAUGGUGGAGAUUAUGGUGAACAAAGAUAAGGAACAUUGUUUCCAUCUUUAUGAUUAUUUGGAUCCUGAGGCUUUUGCUAUUCGUCGAGGAAUGUCUUCCUUCAUUAACCAUCAAGAUCAUAAUACUGGUCAUCGCAAUAAUUAG